GGAAGUACAACAACACGUUACCAAGGAAAACAGCAAUGGCGGCUCCAGUCCAGAAAGUGGCGAUCAACGGCUUACUGAACGAUGUUACAUUUCAGAGAGCUCGAUAUUGUCUUGAGGACCUCAUCAGCAAAUAUGGCUCUGACAUAUUUGUGGAGCCUGUCAUAAAUGGGAUGCUUGAGUUUGAAUGGGAUCUGUUUAUCGACGCAAAGAAAAAGGAAUUAAGAGGAGAAACCUGGACUUUUGAGGACAAAGCCAUUUGCUUUGUGAAUGGACAGCUGCUAGGAGGUCCAGAUAAAUUCAUUGACUGGGCGGAAGAAAACUAUGGGUUUGAAGAGUUCCGACCACUGCCUCUGUACUCAACACUUACAGAAGAGUCCUAUAAAAACCACCUCAACUGCAACAAUCAUGAGUAUAUUUACAUGGACAUAUCGGUGGGAGAGAAAGCUACUGGUCGUCUGGUUAUAGAGUUGUUUACAGACCUAGUCCCUAGGACAUGUGAAAACUUCAAAGCGUUGGUAACAGGAGAGAAGGGAGUAUCACCAGAAAGUGACUACAAACUACACUACAAAAACUCACUGUUUCACAGAAUCGUCCCGAAAGGCUGGAUACAGGGUGGAGAUAUAUACCACAGUCGAGGGAAUGGUGGAGAAUCUAUCAACGGACCGGUAUUUGAAGAUGAGAACUUUGCAGUAUCACAUUCCAAGAGAGGUAUAGUUGGGAUGGCCAACAGGGGGCGCCACACCAACGGAUCACAGUUCUACAUUACUCUAGAGCCGACAAAGUGGAUGGACACCAAAUAUGUGGCCUUUGGACAAAUCAUAGAGGGUACAGAAACACUACGACAGAUGGAGGAGCAGGAAACGAUGAAUGAGCGACCAAACACAGAAAUUAAGAUUACUGACUGUGGGGUGUGUACUUAUGAGUUUUAAGUAACAUUGGUCAAGGAGAAAGAAAGACAAAACAACAUUGGUCGAGGUGAAAGAAAGACAAAAAACAUUGGUCGAGGAGAAAGAAAGAACAACAUUGGUCGAGGAAAAAGAAAGACAAAAAACAUUGGUCGAGGAGAAAGAAAGACAAAACAACAUUGGUCGAGGAGAAAGAAAGUCACCUACAUGAAUGAAAACAUAGUUACAAAGGAAGAUCAUGUGAGCAAUUUCAGGAGGCAAAAAAGAUUUACUCCGGAUGGUAAAUCAAUGUAUAAACGACGCACAUGAAGCAAAAAUUUACAUUUCAGGAUAGGCAAGGCAAAACAAGAUGUGUGUUUCCAACAGUUAAAUUUCCAUCUUGCUCUAUUAAAUCAGUGAAAUUCUAUAAAAAAAAAAAAGGAAAAGAAACCCAACACUGUAUCUGCAAUGUGUUUUGGAAAAAAACACCCAAAAAACUCAUUGUAGAGAGCAUAAAUGGAAGCUGAAAUAUUUCAGAAAAAAGUCAGUGUCUAAAUAAGUAUCUGCUGUCUAUACAUGAAUUUGUACAUAAUGUGUAUAUCAUAUAUUUUUUGUAAAUAUCAUUUGAUAAUAAAAAAAAACCAUUUAUACAAAACUA